AUGAACCGCGGACGCCUCGCCGCCGCCGCCCAAGCUCCACCGCGCCCCCCGCCGCGGGCCCGCCCUCGCGCCCCUUCGCGCGCCCGCCCGCCCACACAACGACCGCAGAGGGCCUCGGAAGCCCCUCGCCAGGCUCGGUGGCUGGCUGUCGCCGCUGGCCGCCCCGCGCGACGGCGGCGGCGGCGGCGCGCCAAGGACGGGGAGGCGCGGUGGCGGCGGCGGGCCGUGGGGCGGCGGCGACCGACGGAGGGACGCCAGCGCCUCGCCGCACGAGCCCCCGAGAGGCCUGAGGAUCCUGUGAGGGGCGCGGCGGGAGGAGCGGGCGCGGCGGCCCUUCGCUGCGGCGGAAGGAGGGCGGCCGCGGGCGCCGCGCCGCGAGGGACGGCGCCGGCGAGUCCACGCGGAGGCGACGACGGAGCUCCGCUGCCCAAAAGACAACCAAGAAAGAAGUGA